AUGGAAGGUGCAUCAACAUGGAUUCGCGAGCAAGACAAGUUAUUUGAAACUGGAUUAGUAAUAUAUCCAGAAGGAACACCAGAUAGAUUUGCUAGAAUUUCUGAAAGAGUUCCUGGUAAGAGUGUAUCGGAAGUUCAUCGACAUUAUCAACUUUUGGUUCGUGACAUGUUGGAAAUCGAAGCCGGUCAUGUUGAGUUACCAAACUAUCUCGAUGAUUAUGACAUUGCUUCAUCCUACGGGGAUCAGUUUGUUUUGUCGUCAACGAAUCAGAUUGGAACAACGACUUCAAAAGCAAAGGAGAGAAAAAUAGGGAUUCCCUGGACAGAACAAGAACACAGGGAUUUUGUGCUGGGACUUAAGGAACGGGGUCGAGGCGACUGGAGGGGUAUAUCGAGAGAUUUUGUGAAGUCCAGAACUCCAGGUCAAGUGGCUAGCCAUGCUCAAAAGUAUUUUGUACAUAUAAAUACUAAACCGAAUAAGAAAGUGAGAAAAAGAUCAAGCAUCCACGACACUCCUUUGUAG